UGUUAAUUUUGUUAUAAAUCGCACCCUAUUCUAAUUAUUAUUAUUUCUUAAUAUUAGUUAUUUUUAUAUUUUAUUUAAGACCUGAAGAACUGGUGUUAUCGAGCAUAAAUGAAUAUUAUUGCAUAAAACGACUCAGUGGUACUUUUGCGUUGAGACGGGAGCCAUCUUGCAAUCUCUAAUCAAAGGUCCUUGGCUCACAGUUUCGUUGUCUAGUUGAAAGUCAGUUUAUUCCAUCAUAAAAUAAUCAAAUGGCGUUAAAACGAAUUAAUAGGGAAUUACAAGACCUUGGAAGAGAUCCCCCGGCACAAUGUUCUGCAGGACCACACGGCGAAGACCUCUUCCAUUGGCAAGCCACAAUUAUGGGUCCAGUCGACAGUCCCUAUCAAGGAGGAGUGUUCUUCCUGACUAUACAUUUCCCAACAGAUUAUCCAUUCAAGCCACCCAAAGUUGCAUUUACAACACGUAUCUAUCAUCCCAACAUAAACAGUAAUGGCUCCAUCUGCCUUGACAUUCUGCGCUCACAGUGGUCCCCAGCGCUCACCAUAUCUAAAGUGUUGCUCUCAAUCUGCUCACUGUUAUGUGAUCCAAACCCAGAUGACCCAUUGGUGCCAGAAAUUGCUAGGAUCUACAAAACGGACAGAGAAAAGUACAAUGAACUAGCCCGUGAGUGGACGAGGAAGUAUGCCAUGUGAUGAGUCAGGCGUGACGUCAGCAACACAUACACACACACAUCGCCACAGCCCGGGCUCCCAUCCCUCCCGUUCCCAACCCAGUCCCCUACUUCAAACCGCGUUC